AUGGAAGAUGCUGUGGCUACCUCCUUACUCUCGUCGAAGUGGAGGGACUUAUGGAGGCUCACUUCUAACGAGGAUUUCAACUAUCGAUGGGUGCAAGUCAGGAGAAAAGAAAUCCAUCCAUCUGUGAACCACUUUGUCUGCUCGCACCAUGGCAAGGAGAUCAAAUGCUUUUCUGUGUCUUUGAGGUGUAAGAAGAGUAUAUUGCCUGAUGUGCAGUCUUGGAUUACUUAUGCAGCUAAAAAAAAUGUUGAAGAACUGUGCAUCAACUUGAAUGAUAGGGAAGAUAACAGGAAGAACAGAACGUAUCAUUUGCAUCAUUUGAGUUUUCCUGCCUGUGUUUUGAGCUUUUCUUCCCUGGUGAAGCUAGCUAACCCUCAAGUUUCUAUGGCUGGAUAUGGAUUACUUCCCUCACUCAUCAAUGGAAUCACUGAAAAAUCUCCAGCAGUGCAACUCCUGUGCUUGAUUAACUGUAAUCUGACUGAGAAUCUCCAUGUUAACAUUUCUUCAAAUUCUAAUCUUCGGAAGCUGAUAAUUGAGGAUGAGUUUGUGGAGUAUAGCAGGAUGCAGCAUAUUUUUAUCUAUGCUCCAAAAAUUACGAGGAUAGAGUUUUUGUCAAGCAUGCCAAAGAGGAAGUACCAUAUAGUGAACAUGGGGGUUGGUAUUGAAGCAAGGUUCAACUUGAAUAGGAUGUUUCGUGAGCGAGGAGCAGCCAAGGCCACCUGUAAUGGUGUGCUUGUUCGCCGGUAUCAGCAGAAACUUUUGGGUCUACUCAAGACGUUUCAGACUGCUAAGGUACUUGAAGUAUGUAGCUGGUGUAUUCAGGUUUUAUCCAUAUUAAAGGUCAGACAGCUGGAAAUUCUGUUGUUUGAGGCAACCCAUCUCGUGCUGAAUACCGGACUGAAUGGUUGGGAGCUCCCAGGGAUUGCACUGCUGCUGAGGGCCUGUCGCAAGCUGGAGAAUCUUGUCAUAGUUAUGAAUGAUGAAGCUGAAGAGUUACAAUUCAAUGAUGCUUUCCAACGAAUUUAUGCUUUUAAACAAGAAUUUUACUGGAAGAACCAAGGUGCUUCCUCCACUGUCUGCUUGCAACAACUGGCUGUUGUUGAGUUCAGGAUCUCUCAUGGAGAUGAGUUUUUUCGAGUGACCGAUAACUGA